AUGUCCCCUCUUCCAUUGCCCUGUCUAUCAUGUCUUCCAUCGCCUCCACUAUUGCCCCUGCCGGUCGCCCCUGCCAUCCCCCCUUAUUUGGCCCUUCCCUCUUCCCAUCCAUCACCCCAUCUGUCACCUUCUCUGUCACCCAUUCCUUCUCCCCUUCCCUUGCCCUGUCCAUCACCUCUUCCAUCCCCCAUUCCAUUGCCUCCGCUGUCACCUCUGCCAUUGCCUUGUCCUAUGUGCCUUCUGUCACCGCCUCCGUCACUCCUUCCAUUGCCCUGUACUUCUCCUCUUCCUUUGCCCCUUCCGUUGCCCCUUUUGUCACCCCUGCUGUCGCACCUGCUGUUGCCCCUGCCAUUGCUUUGUGCUGGGGAGCUGCAGGAUGGCCCCAGUGGUGCCUGGGUGAUGGUGCUGGGCCUGCUGCUCUCAGGCACCAGGAAGCCAUGGGAUGGGCCCGAUGCCGCAUGGCUUGCAGUGCUGGAGCUGGCAAGCUCUGAAUUGUCACUGGAGGCUGUGACGGGAGACAGGAAGUGGAGGAACACCACUGCCCUGAUUGUCAGUGGACGGGCCAUGGCUGAGCCAGAGUCACUGGGCAGUGGGAUGUCGUGCUUAGAAGGGGAGCUGCAGUGA